CUUUGAACCAAAAAAAACCGUAAAAAAGGACAGGAAGAAAAAAAAAACCCUAAAGAGAAGAACUAGCGGCUGAAUUCUGAGAAUCUUUUUAAAUUUCUGGGUUUCUUCAAUAUUUGAAUUUGAUUGCUGUCUUGUUUAACUAGACUCAAGAAUUGUGUUUUGAUUGGAAUUAUUAGCCUUAGAGAACAUCCAGAUGUUCUAUCUUAGCCGAAUUGAGCACACACUACGUGUGCCUCCGAACUUGCUUCAUCUACCUAUCCUUGAUGCUAUUAAGGGUGAGCUGGAGAAACUAUUCCUAGAUAAGGUGGUUGCAAACUUGGGACUCUGUAUUUCCGUUUAUGAUAUAAGAUCGGUCGAUGGGGGCUUUAUCUUUCCCAGCGAUGGUGCUGCAACAUACAAGGUUGUGUUCACGUUGAUUGUGUUUCGUCCAUUCGUGGGGGAGGUAAUUAUUGGGAAAGUUAAAGAAUCAAAUGCAAAGGGUUUGCGAAUAUCACUUGGAUUUUUCGAGGACAUUAAUGUUCCUGUCGAACUUCUUCCCUCUGGAUCUAAAUUCGAACCAGAUCUAAAUAAUGGUGGAAAACUCAGAUGGGUGUGGGAAUAUCAAGACGUACCGUGCGACAUAUAUGAAACUGACGAGAUAAGAUUUAAAAUACACAGCAUAGAUUACCCUGCAAUCCCAGUGGAGCAACCAAAAGAGAGAGAUUCAAAAUUUCUAAUGGAGGAGCAACCAAGAGAGAAUAUUAAUGUAAAAGCAUUUGCUCCCAUGCUUAUUACUGCAACAAUCGACCAUGAUGGAUUGGGUCCUAUUUCAUGGUGGGAAGGUGGUGGAGAUGUCGAGGAUGAGGUCGAGGCUGAGGAUGAGGAUGAGGAAAAUUCCUAAGAUACUACCCAUUUUGUUUUUGUGACAAAUUGAUGAGUAGGAGAUGAGCAGAUUGCAAACUUUACUGCUCUUUUAAUGGAACAAAUUGGUACAUUAAGAUGGGAUUGUAACUAAGUUUUGGCAUUGAUUGGCAGCAAGUCAUUCUUGUGUAGUUGUAUCUAAUUUUUGUUCAAUUAUGGGCAUUCACAAACAAAUAUAUUGACAUUUUAUGUUUCGAACUUUACGGAAUAACAUUGAACAUCAGAGAUCAGAAGUGAGAUCUA